AUGACUAGAUUCCUGAAUAUCGCCGCUGGCAUUGUGGCUCUGGCUGCUCUUGGGUCCGCCAGCCCGCGACAACGCGCCGAGCCAGCCGGUCUCGAUGCUUUCAUAUCCGAGGAACGAGGCAUUGCCCUGCAAGGGGCGCUGAACAACAUUGGACCUAAUGGCUCAUUGGUGCCUGGAACGAGCGCCGGCUUUGUUGUCGCGAGUCCAUCAAAAGCCAACCCAGACUACUUCUAUACUUGGACUCGGGACUCGGCCUUGACGAUGAAGACGAUUGUGGACGAGUUCCUCUUUGGCGACACAAGCCUGCAAACGUACAUUGAGGACUACAUCCACGCUCAAGCCGUUCUGCAGACUGUCACCAAUCCCUCUGGAACGCUGCUCCCCUCCGGCACUGGACUCGGCGAACCGAAAUACUACGUCGACGGAACCAGAUUUAACGCCGCCUGGGGCAGGCCGCAGCGCGAUGGCCCAGCACUUCGAGCCAUCACCUUGAUGACGUACAGCAACUGGCUUAUUUCCAACGGCCAAGAAGAGAAGGCGCGAGAUGUCGUGUGGCCUGUUAUCGCUAAUGACCUCUCAUACACCGGCCAGUAUUGGAAUGCGACUGGUUUCGAUCUAUGGGAGGAAGUCUCGGGCUCCAGCUUCUUCACCACCCAGAGCCAGUACCGUGCGCUAUUCGAGGGCGGCGAGCUUGCAGAAACCCUCGGCGUUGAAUGUACCGGCUGUGACGAAGCGCCUCAAGUCUUGUGUUUCCUCCAGUCCUAUUGGAAUGGCGAGUACAUUACAGCCAACAUCAAUGACCAAAGCGGAAGAUCGGGUCGCGACGCCAACACCAUCCUUGGGCCAAUAUCGGUGUUCGAUGUUAAUGCCCAAUGCGACAGUCUCACCGUCCAGCCGUGCAAUCCCCGCGGACUGGCCAACUUCAAGGUCUUGAUCGACGCUUUCCGCAAUGCUUCGCUGUACCCCAUCAAUGAGGGCAUCCCGCAAAGCUCGGGCGUGGCCGUCGGGAGAUAUCCCGAAGACGUCUAUUACGGCGGCAAUCCCUGGUAUCUGAUUACGCUGGGUGCCGCAGAGUAUCUCUACGAUGCCGUUGCACAGUGGAAGACACAAGCAUCUCUUACCGUUGACAAAACAUCCCUGCCUUUCUUCAAGGAUAUAUACGCGGCCGCUCGCGUCAAAACGUACAAGCCAACCGGGAACGGCACAGAAUUCUCAGACAUCCUCGCAAAAGUCACCGCGUACGCAGACUCCUUCGUCGCCGUGGCCCAGACUUACACCCCCUCCAACGGCUCUCUCUCAGAGCAAUUCAAUAAGACCGCCCCUGGCAAUCCCCUGUCGGCGCACGACUUGACUUGGUCCUACGCGUCCUUCGUGACCAUGGCCGAACGCCGCGCCGGCCAAUAUCCCCCAAGUUGGGAGCCAUCGGUUCCGGCCGAGGUACCUGCCCAGUGCGCCGCUUCUUUAACCAAAGGCACGUACAGCCCCGCCCUCGCGGCGGGUGCACCCAACGUCACGACCACCUGCAUGUCCAAAGUGCUGUUCGCUGUGAAUGCCUCUACCUACUACGGCGAGAACGUCUACCUCGUGGGUAACACGACCGACCUCGGGUCUUGGAAUAUCCGCAACUCGCAUCCCCUACAAUCGUCAAACUACACUGAGGAGAACCCCCUCUGGUUUCUUCAGGUGGACUUGACGGCUGGGGAGACGGUGAGCUAUGGAUAUGCUAAACAUGAAGACUGCAAUCAGCCUUACAUCUAUGAAACGACGAACCGGACGCUCGUUGUGCCGGCUUGUGUCGAAGGCGCGGAUGAUGUCGUCGUGGCGAGAACGAGUGAUGAAUGGGAGGGACCGGAUGGGUCGAGUGGUGGGUGCGCGAGUUGA